AGGACUCUGCCUGCCUGGCUCCAGUGGCUCUGCGACUGCCGCCGCAGCGCUCCUCUUGCCUUCGGUGAGUUGUGGUCUUUCCGCUCCGCCCGCGCAUUCCGUCGAACACCGCGCCCUCUAGGGCUCUACCUCAAUCUCAUCCUCAUCUCCGCCUUCCCAAUCCCCAUCACGUAAACCCUAGCCCUUCUCCCCGCCACUGCCACCCCUCCACCAUCUGCGCGGGAGAUGCGGAAGAGGUAGCCUACGCCGAUGGCCUGCUGCUUCCUUCGCGCCGCCGCGGCGCCCCGCCUCCUCCUCUGCCGCACCGCCGCCUCCCAGCAGCUCCCGUCGCCACUCACCGUACUCAGAAAGGGUUUUUCGGAGCAGUCAGUUCUGCCAAUCAGAGACUCGAUUGAGAGUUUUCAAGGACCAUCAGUGCAGAAUACUCCACGGAUUCCACUGUAUGAUGACAGCAUAUCCUCAGGCAUAUUGGACACAUUGUCGAAUCCGACAGAGGGUGUCACUCGUGCCGAUCCUUCAAAUGGCAGAAUAAUGCUAGUUGAUGGAACGUCAGUGAUGUACCGAUCCUACUACAAGAUAUUAGCACAGCUGCAGCAUGGCCAAUUGGAGCAUGCUGAUGGAAAUGGGGAUUGGGUUUUAACUAUAUUCAAAGCUCUAUCCCUGCUUCUUGACAUGCUGGAGUUCGUUCCAUCUCAUGCUGCGGUUGUGUUUGACCAUGAUGGAGUUCCAUAUGGUCAUUAUACUGCCAUGCCAUCCAAAGAAUGUCACAUGGCAAAAGGGAUGACCUUUCGUCAUAUGUUGUACCCUGCUUACAAGAGUAACCGCACCCCAACACCGGACACGGUUGUCCAGGGCAUGCAAUACUUGAAGGCAUCCAUUAAGGCGAUGUCAAUCAAAGUAAUUGAGGUUCCAGGUGUUGAAGCUGAUGAUGUUAUUGGUACCCUGGCUGUAAACAGUGUGUCGGCUGGUUACAAGGUACGGAUUGUCUCUCCUGAUAAAGACUUCUUCCAAAUUUUGUCACCUUCUUUGCGUUUGCUCAGGAUUGCUCCACGUGGUUCAGGGAUGGUUUCAUUUGGAGUUGAAGAUUUCGUCAAGAGAUAUGCAGCACUGAAACCCUCGCAGUUUGUUGAUGUUGUCGCACUUUCUGGAGACAAAGCUGACAAUAUACCUGGAGUUGAGGGGAUAGGAGAUGUUAAUGCAGUGAAGCUGAUAACUAAGUUUGGUUCUUUAGAGAAUCUACUGAAAUCUGUGGAUGAAGUUGAGGAUGAACGAAUUAAACAGGCUCUGAUGUCUCAAGGAGAACAGGCUAUCCUUUGCAAAAGCUUGGCCACUCUGCGGUCUGAUCUUCCUCCUUAUAUGGUUCCUUUCAAGACAGCUGACCUUGUAUUUCAGAAGCCGCAGGAUGAUGGGACCAAAUUCAUAAAGCUCUUACGAGCUCUGGAAGCAUAUGCAGAGGGCUCCUCAGCAGACCCAAUCAUCAGAAGAGCAACCUAUCUUUGGAACAAGCUUAAAUCAUGAUGAUGCUGGUAUUUCCAGCAGUGAUUAUAAAGGAAUUUUGCCAAGGUUAAGGUUCGGAUUAGAAGACUGGAAGCCCAGACGGUGCUGUUCUGGUUCCAAAAUAUUCAAUGCCUUUGACUUCAUGUGGACUCUGCGCUCAGCCAUAUCCAAAUUGCAAACAUCAAAUUGUUGGCAUAGGUGUGCCGAAGUGCAUAAAUCCAGGGUGCCGCUGCUCAGGCAAGCAGCUCAAGUGUUCAUACCACGAAACUAACUUUAGCUAGCUCUGUAGAUAAAAUUCACAACGUUGCUCAUGUAUCCACCCUUUUUUUUAAGAGGAAGGCUCACGCAAUCGAUCU